UGCGAAGCAAUGACCCGUGCUCCUCCACAGGCGGUGUGUCUAGUAACAUCAGGGAGCAGAGGCAGAAAGCUCCUGUUUUAUGACAAAGGCAGACCAUCACAAGAUGGCCAUAGAGAGACAGACUUGCUCAGUGAGUUGCCAGCACGGACACUGUCAGAGAUCCUAGCCCCAAACCGUCUCAUGGUGAACCACACUUUCGAACUCAACGUGGACCAGUGGAAGUUCGUAGGACACCCUUUCUCCGUCAAAACGAGUCGUUUGACAAGUUCAACAUUACUUUCAUCAUUGAGGCCUGCUCCAACACUGAGACUGUGAGGGAGUAUGAUCACCUCUCUGAUCUACUGGGAUCUGCUGUCGUCCAUGAGGAGGAAAAGUGUGGUUUCCUGCAGACGGAGGUCAAGAUCCUUCUCCAGUGUCUGGAAGACAUGGACAUUGCUGACCCUUCUGAUGAGUCAUUGUUGAGGGCUAGCUCCCUGGCAAAGUCACUACAUGAUGUACUCUGUUGCUUGCAGGAAGGCCAGAGUCAGUUGACAGUCAAGAUCAAUCAAUGGACAGAAGUCUCAACUCUCGUGCAGCUUGACUCAGAGGAAACAGAAACCAGAAAGGCAAAGACAAGUGUGAGGUCCUACUCUGCCCUCCUGCUGCUGGAGAGUCUGGAGAAUAUAAUGGCCUCCUUGCCUGCCUCUUGUAACCCAGCAAUGCAUAGACUGCUCAACACUCUGUCUCCCAUGAUGAACCUACAGGAUGUGUCACUGGACGCAGACGUCCCCCUGUCCCAGGUCCUCCUGUUCUCCUCUCACCUGGUCCACUGGGGCAAGGCCAUGACCAUAUACCCUCUCUCUGAGAGCAACGUCUACAUAGCCAGUCCCACUGCAGAGACCAGAGUGAGGUCGUCUCUGGAUGAGAGGUUCUCUGCAGAGCUGCCAGGUCUCUCACUGCCACAGGUUCUGUCCACCCUGGAGCUGCCACGACAGAUGGCAGAGCUCAAGGCCACCUAUGCUGAUAAGACUAUACAGAUGGUUGUGUGGCUGCUGAGACACAGACAGAUAACCCAGCUGCAUACCUACGUCUAUAUUGUCCCGUCCCUGUCGUCCCCGCCGACUGGAGCAAUCAGCCCCACGUCACCGAGUAAUGGCCACAAUCUCAACACCUCUCACCACGAUAGUCAUGGAGAACACUCAGAUGAGGACAUAGAGCAAAGUCUGCAAGAGGAGAUGCGACGGCACCUCUCUGUCCAGGAGUACCAGUGUGUCAUGCACACCUCUGCAGCCACUGACUAUGAUGACCUCGCUCUUUUUGUCAGAUUAUGCAAAUAUUUUCGUGGAAAUCAGCAUUUGGAGGAGAUAAUGCUGAAAGAGAACAUUCAGAGGUCGCAGCUCCUCACUCUCAUCGACAAAUUUAGUGAAAUUCUCGUAACAUGUACACUACCAGAACAUAGCAAAACUGUUUAGAGCAAAUAACACAACCAUACUAUUACUAUAUUAGCUAGGAGUCAGUGUACUGUUCAGGUGGGUGAGGUUAUACUCUCAGUUAUAGUCAUUUUGAUCUUCUUCACUUUGCAGGCUGCGUAUUCGAUAGACAUUCCAUAUGAUAGCAAUGACUGUAAUCACGACUCCAGCCACAGCGCCAACGAUGAUCAAGACUCGUGCAGUGUUGAGAGCCUUGGUUCUGUCCCCAUCUUCUGCAAGGUCAUUCACCUUCGCUGACAGCAGAAUGGCCGGAAUGAAGCAGGCCAAGGUGAGCGGAGAACCACAGAGGCAGCAGACAAUGCACAUGCAGACGCUGAUGGCAAACAUACGAUCGGCUGCGGCGUGCGAGGGGUUGCCGCCGAGGUUGCCGCGUCCCUCUUCGCUGAUACCGCUCCCCCACGUGUAAGGCUGCGGCUGGUACGUGAGAACAGACGCCGUUACUGACCCGCCGGCCGCCGUCUGUGGGAUAGCCGUCGCCGAGCUGGGCGGGUAAGCUGGCGGGUACUUUUGGGUUGGCGACGUCUCUUCGCGGUUGUCGUCAUGGCUUCUAGCCUCUGCAGUCAGACUCGCAAAGUCCUCCAUACCGCGGGCCUUUUACGUAGUGUCGGUAACUGAGAAAACAGUGAGGUAACCCGGUGAAGAGAAAGUUCCAGCCGAGUUCCAGCGCUUCGUCGUCGCAAACAGCCUCAGAACCCAAGC